CCUUUCCCUUGUUCCCCGUGGCUAUAAGACACGCCGAGCCAAGAACAGAACACCAUUCUGCAUCUUUCUUCCUCCACGUCUCAUCCUCUGUACCCUCCGUCAGAACCUCCGUUCUCUUACUAUCAAUCGUCUCCGGCUCCGAUGAAGGACCGCCGCGGCGGCGCCGGCUUCCCCUUCUCCAUCGGCUGCAUGUCGCAGUCCGCCGUAGCUGUUGCCGACCCGCUCGACAAGAAGCCGCAGGCGCCAGCGCCACAGCAGGCUGACACCCCCUCCUCCUCAUCCACCAACACCACGGCGGCCACCGUACAGGAGAGAGGCGCCGGAGAAGAAAGCAGCGAGGACAAGGCGAGAACCACGGCGGCGGCGUCAGGGGUCGUCACGGCGGGGGUGCAGCGGCUGCUCAGAGGGAUCAAGACCUUCUUCGCGAUGUACGACGGCGAGGAGGAGGACGAGGAGGAGGAUAGGGAGAUCGUGAUCGGGUACCCCACCGACGUGCAGCACGUCGGGCACAUCGGCUGGGACGGGAUCAACAAGGUGGGCGGCAUGGUCGGCGCCUUCUCGCUGCCCUCCUCCCUCUCCCUCCGCCAGCUCGAGAUCGCCAUGGACCCCGGCGCCGCCACCACCACCUGCAUCAACUGACCAAACUCUCCUGCCAUUGCCAUGCCCCUUGAGCUCGAGAAACCACCAUCACUAGUGCUAGUAAAAAAAAAGUUUGAGAUGACUGGUCUCAUCUUUUAGUUCUUCCACGUGCUUGCUGAUGAUUGAUAAUUACCUUGUCAUUUGGUAAAAUCUUUUCUUUUUUAACUUUGGACGAGAUAAGAAGCAUAUGCAUAGGUUUGUGUAUACUAUGUGGAGUGGAGUUGUGUACAUACUUUAGUAGAUUGUGGGAGCUUCAGCUUGUUUCAACAUCUCUACGGGCCAUGGGGCCCCUGCUCUUCA